CGUGCGAGGCUGCGCUCACUCCUCCUCCUUAUCGUGGGCUUCAAGACACGCACUCUAUGUAAGGUGGAAGUAACUUUUAUCCUCCAGAGAAGAGUUAUAAACCAGCCGGAAUAACAUUAUACAUUUGGUCAAAAGUGUCACGGCAAACGAUAACCAUGUCGGCCACAUCGGCGAAAGUCAACAGAAAGGAGAAUUCAAAUCACGACGGAGCGGACGAGACCUCUGAAAAAGAGCAACAGGAAGCAAUUGAACACAUCGAUGAAGUACAGAAUGAAAUUGACAGACUGAAUGAACAGGCAAGUGAAGAAAUAUUAAAAGUAGAGCAGAAGUACAACAAAUUACGCCAGCCUUUCUUUCAGAAGCGAUCAGAACUCAUAGCCAAAAUCCCCAACUUCUGGGUCACAACAUUUGUCAACCAUCCACAAGUUUCAGCUCUUCUGGGGGAGGAGGACGAGGAAGCACUUCAUUACUUGUCAAGGGUGGAGGUCACUGAGUUCGAGGAUAUCAAAUCUGGAUAUAGAAUAGAUUUUUAUUUUGAUGAGAACCCGUACUUUGAGAACAAAGCCCUCUCCAAAGAGUUUAAUGUAAAUGAGAGUGGAGAUCCUGUUUCCAAAUCGACUGAAAUCAAGUGGAAGGCUGGGAAGGACCUGACCAAGCGCACAGGCCAGACGCCAAACAAAGCUGGUAAGAAAAGGCAGCAUGAGGAGCCAGAGAGCUUCUUCACCUGGUUUACCGACCACUCAGAUGCAGGAGCAGACGAGCUGGGAGAGGUGAUCAAGGAUGACAUUUGGCCUAAUCCGCUGCAGUACUACUUGGUCCCUGACAUGGAGGAUGAGGAAGGUGACGGCGAUGAUGACGACGAUGAAGAAGAGGGCCUGGAAGAUAUUGAUGAGGGAGAGGAAGAAGAAGGUGAAGAUGAUGAUGAGGAUGGUGAUGGAGAAGAUGGAGAGGAUGACGGUGAGGAUGAUUAAACAUUUCAGCCAACACCUUUUCUCAGUCCUCCCUCUGUGAUCAUCCUACAACUCACGGGAGCAAGAUAUUUUGUUUGUUUGGGGGAGGGGGGGGGGG